GUUAACAUUGAACAUGAAUCAUGAUCGUUGGGUUUGCUUUUGAUUAAGUUUGUUUGAACUGCUGUUUGACGCUCAAUUGUUUCAUAUCGACUUUAUAUCAGCCUAUACAUCUGUUCUGUCAAUAUGCCUGGCACCGAAGUACCAGCAGGCGGAGACGUUGACAGGGGAAUAACGGCUUCUAUAAUCGUUUUGACCCAGAUUGCGUUUGCUUUCGUGAUUGUCAUGGCAAGAUUUUAUGCCAGAAUCAUGAUCAAAGGGCUUGGGAGGGAUGAUUGGGUCAUGCUUGUUACUUUGUGUCUUUUUAUAACAUAUGGCGGUCUUAUGACAUACGAAUGGAAACUUGGAGGGUUUCGACAUCUAUUUUAUCUCAGUCUGGAGCAAACAAUGAAGGCCGCAAAGUUCAACUAUAUAAUCCAAGUGGUCAUUGUCUUCGCCUUCAUCACUGGGAAAGCUGCAGUGGGAUUUCUCGUUCUUCGAAUCAUGAGUGGUGAGACAACUGCUUGGCGUAAAUGGCUUGUCUAUGGAGCUAUGGGGCUCACUGCUUUGAUCAAUGGACUAGAUUGUAUCUUUACCUAUGUGCAAUGCAGCCCGCCUAAAGCAUUGUGGGACUCGAGUAUUCCACACACGUGCUGGGAUCCUAAUGUUCAAUCUAGAUUCGCUAUGUUUACUGCAGCUGAAAAUUGUCUUGCGGACAUUGUGCUCGCACUUGUACCUGCCAGUAUCAUCAUGAAUCUGAACAUGGAUAUGAAGAAACGUGUCAACUUGACCAUACUUUUGGGUCUUGGACUUAUUGCUGCGGUUUGCUGUAUCGUCAAAACAACCUUUUUGGGCUCACUUAACGCCCACUCCGAUCUUACUUGGAAGACUUACGAUUUGCUCGUAUGGAGCGGCUCGGAACUUUUCGUUAUUAUUGUUUGUGGAAGUAUUCCUCCACUCAAACCAUAUUGGGAUCGAUAUGUCAGCGGCAAGAAUCCUGGAUCAUACGGUAGUCCCGACAAUAGUUACAACAGUCAUCUCAGCUCAUUACCAACUAGAAGGAAAAGUCGAAUGUCUUGUAUGAAACAAAGCUUAGAUGCGGACAGUUCGACUGAUCAUGUUUAUCCGCAAGCUAUGCAUGGUGAUAAAUAUAUACAAAGAACAACAGACAUAGAGAUCCACAGUAUGAGGGUUCGUUCGGAGGAUUCUAUGGCAUGAAUGAGGUGAUGUGGUAUAUGAAAGAAAACAUCGUUACGAGUUACAUUCUUGAUUUUAUUAUUACCUAUUUAUAUUGAUGAUUGGCGUUACUAUUGAGAACGGAGUUCACGGCGUACACUAGGUGUUGGUGUAUCUAAUACGGAUGGGGUUCGGGUUAGAUACCAUUGUUUUUAAAAAUACCAACGCUUCUUCGGAAGCCACUUCGAGUAGAUGGGUUAUGUUUAUAGUCUAUUGUCUAAUGUUUUUACCCAAAAUAUCAUCACCUGAAACAGUUUCGCACACAGC